CUUCCUGUUGGAUUGUAAAAUGGCGCAUUGUUGUCACUACCGUACGGAGUCUGUUUGAUGAAGAUUAUGACGCGGUUUAGAUUACCAUACUAAGCGUGCACUUCAUAAUGUAACUUGUGCACGGGACAGCAAUAGAUUGAAAAGAGAGGUUAAUUCAUUUGCCUGCUCGCUUCGUCUUCGCCUUGUUCGCUAAACAGUGGUUGUUAGCAUUAGCUAACUAGCUAACGUUUUACUAAGCUAAUAUUCACUGUACAGUAUUUUUGCACCGGCAAAACAAACAUGGGUUAUUUAAAAUUGAUAGAGAUCGAAAACUUCAAGUCGUACAAGGGACGACAGAUCAUUGGACCGUUCCAUAAGUUCACUGCAAUCAUCGGACCUAAUGGAUCUGGAAAGUCCAACCUUAUGGAUGCCAUCAGCUUUGUGUUGGCCGAGAAGACCAGUAACCUGCGUGUAAAGACUCUUAAGGAUCUAAUCCAUGGAGCGCCUGUGGGGAAGCCAGCAGCCAACAGGGCCUUUGUCAGUAUGGUGUACCAAGAAGAUGACGGACAGGAACGCUCCUUCACCAGAGUCAUUAUUGGUUCCUCCUCUGAGUACCGCAUCAACAAUAAAGUGGUGGGUCUGCCGGAAUACAGUGAAGAGCUGGAAAAACUUGGCAUUCUGAUCAAAGCUAGGAAUUUCCUAGUGUUUCAGGGAGCUGUGGAGUCUAUUGCCAUGAAGAACCCCAAAGAGCGUACAGCGUUGUUUGAGGAGAUCUCACGUUCUGGAGAACUGGCUCAGGAGUAUGACCGGAGGAAGAAGGAGAUGGUGAAGGCAGAGGAGGACACACAGUUUAAUUAUCAUCGCAAGAAGAACAUCGCUGCAGAGCGCAAAGAAGCCAAGCAAGAGAAAGAGGAGGCUGAGCGUUACCAGCGUCUUAAAGACGAAGUAGCCAGGGCCAGUGUACAGUUGCAGCUCUUCAAGCUCUACCACAAUGAGACUGAGAUUGAGAAGCUGAACAAAGAGCUCGGACAGAGGAACAAGGAGAUUGACAAGGACCGUAAGAAGAUGGACCAUGUGGAGGAGGAGCUAAAGGACAAGAAAAAGGAACUGGGCAGGCUGAUGAGGGAGCAGCAGACCAUCGAGAAAGAAAUCAAAGAGAAGGACUCUGAGUUGAACCAAAAGAGGCCUCAGUACAUCAAGGCCAAAGAGAACACCUCACACAAAAUCAAAAAGCUUGAGGCGGCACGGAAAUCACUGCAAAAUGCCCAGAAGAUGUACAAGAAGCGCAAAGCAGACAUGGAUGAGCUGGAUAAAGAGAUGAGGGCUGUGGAGCUGGCCAAGCAAGAGUUUGAGGAGAGAAUGGAGGAGGAGGCGCAGAGCCAGGGCCAGGACCUAACGCUCGAAGAGAAUCAGGUCAAGCAGUACCAUCGUCUGAAGGAGGAGGCCAGUAAACGUGCUGCCACCCUGGCACAGGAGCUGGAGAAGUUCAACCGUGACCAGAAGGCCGACCAGGACCGCCUCGACUUGGAGGAGCGGAAGAAAGUGGAGACAGAGGCCAAAAUCAAACAGAAGAUCCGUGAAAUUGAGGAAAACCAGAAACGUAUUGAGAAAUUAGAGGAUUAUAUUACUACCAGCAGGCAGUCACUAGAUGAGCAGAAGCGAAUGGAAGAAGAGCUGACUGAGGAGGUUGAGAUGGCCAAGAGGAGGAUUGAUGAGAUCAACAUGGAACUUAACCAGGUAAUGGAGCAGCUGGGAGAUGCCAGAAUCGACAGGCAGGAGAACAGUCGCCAGCAGCGCAAGGCAGAGAUCAUGGAGAGUAUCAAAAGACUCUACCCUGGCUCUGUGUAUGGUCGUCUGAUCGACCUGUGCCAGCCCACUCAGAAGAAGUAUCAGAUCGCUGUGACCAAAGUGUUGGGCAAGAACAUGGAUGCCAUCAUUGUUGACUCAGAGAAAACAGGCAGAGACUGUAUUCAGUACAUCAAGGAACAGAGAGGAGAGCCGGAGACCUUCCUUCCUCUGGACUACCUCGAGGUGAAACCAACUGAUGAGAAACUGAGAGAACUGCGAGGAGCCAAGCUGGUGAUUGAUGUGAUUCGCUACGAGCCACCCCACAUCAAGAAAGCCCUCCAGUACGCUUGUGGCAACGCUCUGGUCUGUGAGAACGUAGAGGAUGCACGAAGGAUCGCCUUUGGAGGGCCAUACCGACACAAGACGGUAGCCCUGGACGGUACCCUGUUCCAGAAGUCUGGAGUCAUCUCCGGAGGAGCCAGCGACCUCAAGGCCAAGGCCAGGCGCUGGGAUGAGAAGGCAGUGGACAAGCUCAAGGAGAAGAAGGAGAAGCUCACUGAAGAGCUCAAGGAGCAAAUGAAGGCCAAGAGGAAGGAGGCCGAGCUGCGUCAGGUUCAGUCUCAGGCUCACGGUCUGCAGAUGAGACUCAAGUACUCCCAGAGUGAUCUGGAACAGACGAAAACCCGCCACCUUUCCCUCAAUAUGCAGGAAAAGUCCAAGCUAGAAAGCGAACUAGCAAACUUUGGCCCUCGCAUCAACGACAUCAAGAGGAUCAUUCAGUCCCGUGAGCGGGAAAUUACUGACCUGCGUGAUCGCAUGAACCUGGUGGAGGAUGAGGUGUUUGUGGAAUUCUGUAAAGAGAUUGGAGUGAGGAACAUCAGAGAAUUCGAGGAGGAGAAAGUGAAGAGGCAGAAUGAGAUUGCAAAGAAGCGUCUUGAGUUUGAGACCCAGAAGACCCGUCUGGGUAUCCAGGUAGACUAUGAGAAGAACCAGCUGAAGGAGGACCAGGAGAAGGUCAUGAUGUGGGAGCAGACUGUAAAGAAGGACGAAGCUGAAAUAGAACGACUUAAAAAGGAGGAGCACAGACACAUGAAGAUCAUCGAUGAGACAAUGGCUCAGCUGCAGGACCUGAAGAACCAGCACCUCACCAAGAAAUCCGAAGUCAAUGAUAAAAACCAUGAGAUGGAAGAGAUCCGCAAAAAACUGGGCGGCGCCAACAAGGAGUUGACCCAGCUGCAGAAGGAGGUGACUGCUAUCGAGACCAAACUGGAGCAGAAGCGCAGCGACCGUCACAACUUGCUGCAAGCCUGUAAGAUGCAGGAUAUCAGGUUGCCCCUACGGUCCGGAACAAUGGAUGAUAUUAGCCAGGGAGAGGGGAGCUCACAGACAGACGAGUCCAGCAGCCAGAGGACAUCCAGCACCGUUCUGGCUAAAGAGGCUCUCAUCGAGAUCGACUACAGCAACCUGUCUGAAGACCUUAAGGAUGCUCUGUCAGAGGAAGAGAUCAAGGCAGAGACGAACACACUGCAGCAGCGUCUGAAUGAGCAGCAGAGCAUCCUGCAGAGGAUCAGCGCGCCCAACAUGAAGGCCAUGGAGAAGCUCGAGAGCGUCAGGGACAAGUUCCAAGAGACCAGCGACGAGUUUGAGGCUGCUCGUAAGAGAGCCAAGAAAGCCAAGCAAGCCUUUGAGCAGAUCAAGAAGGAAAGAUUUGAUCGUUUUAAUACCUGCUUUGACUCUGUGGCCACCAACAUUGACGAGAUCUACAAGGCCCUCUCACGCAACAGCAGUGCUCAGGCUUUUCUGGGCCCAGAAAACCCUGAGGAGCCGUAUCUGGAUGGUAUCAACUAUAACUGUGUGGCUCCAGGAAAGAGGUUCAGACCAAUGGACAACCUGUCUGGAGGAGAGAAGACUGUUGCUGCCCUGGCUCUGCUCUUUGCUAUUCACAGCUACAAACCCGCCCCCUUCUUCGUCCUGGAUGAGAUUGAUGCAGCUCUGGACAACACUAACAUUGGCAAGGUGGCCAACUACAUCAAAGACCAGUCAGUGCAGAACUUCCAGGCCAUCGUGAUUUCUCUGAAGGAGGAAUUCUACACCAAGGCAGACUCACUCAUAGGUGUUUACCCAGAGCAAGGAGAUUGUGUCAUCAGCAAAGUGCUUACCUUCGACCUCUCACAGUAUCCAGAUGCCAACCCGAAUCCAAAUGAGUAAGAUGAGCUCUCCCAACACUGGCAUUUUGGCAAGCUGGAUGUUUCAUUUGCUACUUCCCUGGAUUGCCCAUGUAUUCUGUAGUCACAGAUCUUGUACCCAUUAGGUCUCACAUGUUAUUUCCUACUGCUUUUUUUUAUGUUUUGUUAUCUAUUUUUGGGAUAUGCUAGAAUAGCGAAUUAGUGAGAUUUUUUUUUUUUAGUUGUGGGGGAGGGGGGGUGUUGUUCUGUGACAUUGACAAACAGGAUGUAUGUACCCUUAUACAAGCCAGCUCUUUCUCAAUUUGGCCAUUAUAUAAUGCAUUAUUGUAAUUAAUAAAAGAAUAACUGUAAUCAAGUAAAAAAAUGAAACAAACCUUUUUAACAAACUGCAGAAUUUGUAUCAUGUAGUCAAAUGUGAUGAAUAUGCCUGAAGCUGGUUUUUGUUUUCAGAACUUUUAUACUGUUUAUGGCCCUCCUUUUCAACUGUGUGCUUUGAAGCCCUUGCCUCUCCUCUGUUGUGUGUUCUGAAAAGAUGUAUUUGCAUUUUCAUAUGUGCUACUUUUUUUAAAAGUUUGAUCAGGAAACUGUUGUUACAGUGUGGCGGAUACAUUCCCACGUGAGAUAGCUCGAUAAAACCCAUAGUUAGCUUCAGCCGGCAGCGCGAUAAUGAGAUCAUUAUGUGAAAGCUCAAAUUAUUUCAGAGGAAAUGUGAGGUUAUAGCAGCUGUAUGAAUAGCAACUGUCUCUUUUAUGCCCUGAAUGAUAUUCUGAAUCAGCUUUAGGUAAACAUUAAACUCUGCAACUAUCCUGUCAGGUUUUAUUGAUUGGUUUGCUUCAAGAAAUAAAAUUUGAAUUAUUUAA